AUGACUAAAUCCAUCAUUUGUGCUUUCUUCAUUAUUUUUAUUCUAGGGAUGGUGGUGAAUGAGAUGGAAGGACUACAAGAAGAAGAAGGAAGAUGUGAGGAGGUUUUGAAAGAAAUAGAUUGUGGAGCUGGCAACUGCAGCGCUCUGUGCCUUCAGAAGCGUAAUGGCUUGGGCCGAUGCGUCUUACCAGAAGGCUCCAACACCCUCCAAUGCUAUUGUUACUAUCCUUGCCUUUGAAGUUUCUUGUUAGUUUCUUUUUUUUAGUGUUUUUUUAUAAUCUCUAUAUCUACAA